AUGCACGAAACCAGACAUUCGUUCAUUCCACCAUUUCGUCAUACCGUCAUUCCACCAUUUCGUCAUACCGUCAUUCCACCAUUUCGUCAUACCGUCAUUCCACCAUUUCGUCAUACCGUCAUUCCACCAUUUUGUCAUACCGUCAUUCCACCAUUUCGUCAUACCGUCAUUCCAUCAUUUCGUCAUACCGUCAUUCCACCAUUUCGUCAUACCGUCAUUCCACCAUUUCGCCAUACCGUCAUUCCACCAUUUCGUCAUACCGUCAUUCCACCAUUUCGUCAUACCGUCAUUCCACCAUUUCGUCAUACCGUCAUUCCACCAUUUCGUCAUACCGUCAUUCCACCAUUUUGUCAUACCGUCAUUCCACCAUUUCGUCAUACCGUCAUUCCACCAUUUCGUCAUACCGUCAUUCCACCAUUUCGUCAUACCGUCAUUCCACCAUUUUGUCAUACCGUCAUUCCACCAUUUCGUCAUUCCAUCAUUUCGUUAUUCCCCAUUUCGUCAUAUUAA